AGAGACAUCCUACCCAGCAGGUGGCGCUAGCAGUUACAAAAGGCGCCAGUCAUUACAAUGCUGCACAGAAACCUGUGAGGCGGGACUAAAGGUUGCAAACAUGGCGGCUGCCUUGGAAGAAGAUGAAGUGGAUAACGAUGAUUACUACUCUUUACUCAAUGUUAGGCGUGAGGCGACGCAGGAGGAGCUGAAGGCUUCCUAUCGACGGCUUUGCAUGCUGUACCACCCUGAUAAGCACAGGGACCCAGAGCUGAAGCGGCAGGCAGAGCAGCUUUUUAACCUUGUGCACCAGGCCUAUGAAGUUCUAAGCGAUCCUCAGUCCAGGGCCAUUUACGACAUCUAUGGCAAGAGGGGACUGGAAGUCGAAGGAUGGGAAGUGGUGGAGAGACGGAGGACCCCCGCUGAGAUCCGGGAGGAGUACGAGCGCCUGCAGAGGGAGAGGGACGAGAGGAGGCUGCAGCAGAGGACCAACCCCAAGGGGGUGAUUAGUGUAGGUGUGGAUGCCACAGAUCUCUUCGACCGCUAUGAGGAAGACUACGAAGACAUGCCUGGAGGGGGAUUCCCACGCAUUGAAAUCAACAAGAUGCACAUAUCGCAGUCUAUAGAGGCUCCUCUGACCUCUAGUAACACGGCCAUCCUGUCCGGCUCCCUCUCCACGCAGAACGGCAAUGGAGGGGGGAACAUCAGCUUGGUUCUGCGGCGGGUUACCUCUGCCAAGGGCUGGGGAGAGGUGGAGUUUGGUGCGGGGGACACACACGGACCCCUUUUUGGACUAAAGAUUUUCCGUAAUCUGACGCAACGCUGCUUCAUGACGGCGCAGUGCGGGAUGCAGUUCUCGUCCCGUGGCGUGCGGCCCGCCAUGAACACUGUGCUGGCCCGGCACCUGGACAAGAACACCAUGGGUUACCUGCAGUGGAGAUGGGGCACCCAGUCUUCCAUGAACACCAGCAUCGUGAGGGACACGAAGAGUAGCCACUUCACAUUCGCCCUGCAGCUGGGCAUUCCUCAUUCCUUCGUGAUGAUGAGCUACCAGUACAAAUUCCAGGAUGAAGACCAGACCAAGAUCAAGGGCUCUGUGAAGUCAGGGUUUUUCGGCACAGUGGUAGAGUAUGGCGCGGAGCGGAAGAUCAGUCGGCACAGUGUGCUGGGGGCUACAGUCAGUAUCGGUGUGCCCCAAGGAGUUUCCCUCAAAAUCAAACUGAACAGGGCAAGCCAGACGUACUUUUUCCCGAUUCACCUGACAGACCAGAUCCUACCCAGUGCGAUCUUCUACGCUACAGCCGGACCACUGGUGUUCUACUUGGCCAUGCAGAGGCUUGUCAUCAAGCCCUAUUUGCGAGCCCAGAAGGAACAAGACCUGGAGAAGCAGCAGGAGACGUUGUCCUCUGGCGUCGCCCGGAAAAGGCAGGAAGCAGAGGCUGCCGUUUUACUAAUGCAGGAGUCGGUUCGGCGGAUCAUCGAGGCUGAGGAGUCCAGGAUGGGCCUAAUCAUCCUUAAUGCCUGGUAUGGAAAGUUUGUGACUGACAACAGUAGAAAGCAUGAGAGAGCAAAGGUCAUCGAUGUGACCGUCCCCCUGCAAUGUCUGGUGAAGGACUCCAAACUCAUUCUCACUGAGGCUACAAAGUCGGGCCUGCCUGGCUUCUACGACCCCUGUGUUGGGGAGGAGAAGAGCCUGAAGGUGUUGUACCAGUUCCGGGGAGUGAUGCAUCAAGUCCUGUCUGGAGACACGGAGGCACUCAGGAUACCAAAACAAUCCCACCGGAUUGAUGCAGACACCUAGACUGUCCACUGGGCUGGAAAGAGAAUGACAGAUCAAAGACAGGCAGGGAUCCUCGUUUGAGACCUGGAAGCCCCUUUGCCUUGACAAAGUCGCCUAUGUGUGCCCCUCCCCCGCUGUGGUUUUUAACUUGAAAUAUGAAAUCAGUGUGCCCUGUGGGUGCCCCACCCUGUUCACUCCCUGGCACAUGCCAGUGCGUACCCUACAUUCGGUCAGCUGUCUGAGCCUGCAGUGAGGGCUCACCGUUACACUUGACCCCUAGGUUGCUGCCACGUCAACUCAAUGUAUGGGAACCUUUCUGUGCUGAUUAAACGAUUGACUAAAUAACA